CACUUCAGUUCGCACACGCGCAAUUUCUUAGGGUUGGACCCAAUUAAGUAAGCGACACGGGGCAUGCUCGGAAUUUUCGCCCUUGCGCCUCCAAGCCCCCAUCACGCAAAUCGACUCACGCCCAUCACCACCACCCAACGGUCUCUCGACGAACUUCGACAAAUCCCCCCCCUUCGAGACCUCGACAACCGACACCAUGGCGGACAACGACUCCCCCGUUACCCUGCGCACGCGCAAGUUCAUCCGCAACCCUCUCCUGGGUCGCAAGCAGAUGGUUGUUGACAUCCUGCACCCCAACCGCGCCAACAUCUCCAAGGAGGAGCUCCGCGAGAAGCUCGGUGGUCUCUACAAGGCCCAGAAGGACCAGAUCUCCGUCUUCGGUCUCCGCACCCAGUUCGGUGGUGGCAAGACCACUGGCUUCGCCCUCGUCUACGACUCGCCUGAGGCCAUGAAGAAGUUCGAGCCCCAGUACCGUCUCGUCCGGGUCGGUCUCGCGACCAAGGCCGAGCGCCCCUCCCGACAGCAGCGCAAGCAGAGGAAGAACAGGCAGAAGACCCUCCGCGGUACCGCGAAGGUCAAGGGUGCCAAGGCGAAGAAGGACAAAUAAACGCAUCACCCCCUCUAUAUCCGAGGUCGGAUUCGAAACGGGGAGGAACAAGCAUUGGGGCUUUCCUCAGGUGGUGCGGAUAUGGCUGGCGUUUGUAUCGGUCAGCUGCUGGCAUGGCCUUUCGUCACUGGGGACGUGGUGGUCGUGCCGGCGAAAAAUAUGACUCUUGUUGUCUGUUGAGCCCGCCUGCAUUUUUCUUCCAUAUCGGGCGGGACUCUGGAUUCGGCGCCGCGGGAGGAAAGACGGAUGGUCUCUACGACCCUUUCUACACUAGCAUGAAUCAAUGGUGUUUCGGGUUUCAGACCAGGACGACGUCACGAUUUGCGAACGG